GUAUACUCAUUUAGAUGAGGAUGCAGAUCAAAUAAUAUUUUUUGACGAAGAAUUUCCUCAAAUGAAGCUGUUACCAAUGGCAACCCAGUUCACAACAAGUAAAAGCAUGUAUAUUUUAAUACUUUUACUGAUUGGCAGGAAAGGUUAUGAUUCCGCCAGCUGCAUAUUUUUAAAAAACAAUGCCUUGUUUAGGACACGUUCUUGUUAAAAUUGCAUGAACUUUCUCAUUAAAAUGAUAUGAAAAAUAAACAUUUGUGUCACGCGUCACGUAGGUUUGGCACCAGUCGCCAGGUGCUGUGCGCAAUACGACUGCGCAUGAUAUAGUUUUCAAUACGAUUACUGUUUUAAUGCGUCAUUUACGUUUUGCUACGCCAUAAAUUAACCGGUGAAGACGACCUUGGCGAAUAUAACGACUUUGCUCUUUUUAAAAGAAUAUUCUUCAGCCUUAAAGUCUUUCCAAUCUAUUAAAUAAUAAUGUUACUGAAACAUUUUCUAGUUGUUUAUUUGCUGUUGAUAAUUCAUUUGCUAUGUGUGUCUUCAUGGCCUUGGAGACGAAGAAGAAGAAGAAGAAUCCGAAGAAAAUGGCCGAGUCCACGAGUAAAUUGUCUUGUUUCGGCGUGGACUGAAUUUAGUGCUUGUAGUUCAAAUUGCAGCAUCGGAACGCAAACUUUCACUCGUCACAUCAUCACCAAUACUUCCAACAAAGGAUUUCCGUGUCCUCGCUUAGAACGGUCCUUUCUAUGUGGUUCACCAAACGGGGGGUGUGAUGACGUUUGUAACCCUGCUAAUGGAUCGUGUUCGUGUGUAAGUCUUCCUGGGUACAAACUUGAAGCUGAUGGUAAAUCAUGUGGUGAUAUAAAUGAAUGUGAAAAUGGAAAUGGUGGUUGUAUCAACUCCAAAUGUAGAAACACAUAUGGUAGUUACUGGUGUGAAUGUUUACCUGGUUAUAAACCAUCAACUAUGAACUCAAGGAAUUGUUUACCUAAAUCAUGUUCACCGCUGAUUCCACGCCAAUGCCCGCGAACUGCGUAUUAUGACGAAUUUGGAGCAGCCUGCAUGCCUGCAAAGAUCAAUUGUCCACACGGGCGCGGGUAUAUGAAAUCUUGUUCCAUUAACUGUAACAAAAACUUUAAAAUUGCUGUGAUUAAAUCACCAAACAUCGGUGAAGCUUUCGCUGAAAACUUCCGCAAGGCAAAUUUCAAACGACCCAAUCGGAGAACUGUGUGCUCUUUGGAUAGGAAAACUGAAAAUGUGAUUUGGGACUGGAACCCAAAUACUUCUCCCUACUACUGUAGGAGAAUUAAUGAUCCACCUUCGAAUAUCGUCUUUUCAAACAUUGUCAUUGAUAAGAAAAUCAAAAUUCUCUCCAGUAUUGGCCAUUUCACUGCGAACGAUCCUCAAGAUGAUCAACUGACGUUCACAAUAGUGAACGCAGAGGCAAAUUUUUACUUUCUUAUUCAAGGUAAUUUGCUGUUAGCGAAGAAACGUUUGGUGUGGAAACCCCAAUCAAAUAAUAUCUACACAGUAAAAAUUAAUGUGAGCGACAAUGGUUCACCUGUUAUGUUUACUACAAAAAGUUUUAACAUUACUGUAUUGAACAUUAAUGAUCCGCCAUACGACAUAAAACUUUCAAAUAACGAAGUGUUUGAAAAUGUCAAUAUUGGUUUUGUUGUUGGUAAACUAACAGCUAGAGAUGAUGAUCUUGGUCAAAAACGUACUUCAAAUUUUACCUGGGAGAUGGUCGACUCCGAUAUGGAUUACUUUAAGUUGUUAGGUCAUCAGAUAAUCGUUGCAAAAAUUCUUGAUCAUGAAGCAAAGAAUGUACAUCGUAUAAAAGUAAAAUGCACGGACAGCGGUAACCCACCUAAAUCUUCGUCCAUCCAAAGUUUGUUUAUUGUUGUGCGAGAUAGCAACGAUUCGUUAAAAUAUAUUAAUUUAACAAAUAAUCGCGUCCCAGAGAAUUCCGACAUUGGCACAAUCAUUGGCAACUUCGUCACGAUUGUUGAAGACAACAGCACGUUAAACUUUGAUUUGAAUGGAAACGAUGUCAUAAUUCGUGAGAAGUUUGCAUUGCUAGGUGUUCCUAAAUAUGAGUAUCGUAUCAUGAGCGGUAAAUUUGGUGAGAUUUUCUCCGCACCCCUGGUUGUUAAAGGUCUACUUGAUUACGAAAAGAAGAAUGAGUAUAUUGUCGGGUUGGCUGUCUCAGAUCCGGGGGGAGUGACGCAUAAAGAUUUUCGAAUUGAAGUGACAGAUGUGAACGAAGCUCCAACUGAUAUUUUGUUAUCUAACAAGUUUUUAGCGGAGAAUUCUCUUUCUUCAACAAUGAUUGGAGAGUUUUUGGUGAAAGAUCCGGACGUAAAAAGUGUGCCACCUCAGACCCACAUUUGCUCCCUCGAGAACUCUUUAAGUGGUGACGAAGAUGAGUUUUACAUUAGUCACGAAACUGAUCGCAAUAUUUUACGAGUAAACUGGAAUAACCAUCUUGAUUUUGAAAGAAAAAGUUUUUACAAUAUCAAUGUAACUUGUCACGAUGCUGGUUUUGGUAUUUCUAAAUUAUUGAAAAUCUUCGUCACUGAUUUAAAUGAAGCUCCAACAUCUCUUUACUUAUCAAACUCAACUCUGCAAGAAAACUCUCCUAACAUGACAUAUAUCGGUACUUUAACCGCUGAAGAUCCUGAUGGUUCAAAUCAGUCCUUUACUUACACUCUUACUGAUAAUACUGCAUCUUUUCUUAUUGGUGGAACCAAUCAUGAUGAAUUAUUUCAUUUGGGAUCAGUUGAUUACGAGCUUACACCAAGUUUAUUGGUGCACGUUAUUGUCACUGAUGGCGGUGGAUUGCAUUUUGAAAAAAUUUUAACCAUAAAUGUUCUAGACGUAAAUGAUGUGCCAACGGACAUUGAACUAAGGAAGAAUUCCUUUUUAAAAGAAAACAGCGUUGAAAAUAUCUUUAUCAGCAAUGUCGUUAUGAUUGAUGAGGAUAAAAACACAAAAACCUCAUGUAAACUUCUUGACUCCAGCGAGGAUCGAAUGAAACUAAACUUGCUCACGUUGCUUGUCGGUCCACGACCUACAGAUUAUGAAAGUCUGGAUUCUUCAAAAUCUUUAAAGAUAAAUAUCAGUUGUGAAGAUGAAUUUGGAAUGAGUAUCAAUAAGUUGUUUGUGAUCCCAGUCAAAGAUGUAAAUGAACCGCCAUCAAUGAUGGAGUUGAUUGGAAAAGAAAUUCGUGAAAAUAUGAAUAGCAGCUUCGUGGGAAUUGUGAAUAUCACAGAUCCGGAUGUGGGCCAGAGAUUUGACUGUAGAAUACUCAAGAGCAGAGGAGCCUUUAACAACGCUUCUUUCUAUAUUGACAACAACUCUAACCCUCCAAUUUUAAAGACCCUUCGUCCUCUUGAUUUUGAAGAUCAGCGUAUGAUAUAUAUCAACGUAAAAUGCAAAGAAAUAUUAGCCAAUCAUAAUGAACUUGCGAACUUCAUGGAACAACAGUUUAGAAUCGAUGUUAUAGAUAUAAAUGAAUAUCCAAAGAUUCAUUGCGAUGCACCCUUCAUUGUGUGGCCGUCUUUCUCAUCUGGCUCUGCCAUCGGCCUGGUGACAAGUUAUGAUCCAGACAACGAACGCUUUUAUAAGUCCCAAAGAGAAAAUAAGGAUGGCUCAACAGAAGUUCAAAAACAAUUAUUGCAAUACAGUUUAGGAAUGAAAAAUGCAACAUCAUGGCCUUUUGAUAUUAGUAAUGAUGGAAUACUUUACUUGGAAAAGUCUCUCUCAUCUCAACUAUACAACGGUUCAAUAACAUUUCCUGUCCGUGUGAAUGACGAUGGAACAUUACUGGAAAUAGUAAACGACACAUAUCAGAUCAAAACUGACGAAAUCAAGCAAUCUAUUGAAAAUUGUACCUUAGUUAUUGCAACCAAUGAUACAAACCUGGAUAUACAACUAAGCUCCAACUUAAUACACGAGAGCGCAUCUUCUGGCUCUGUGAUUGGCUACUUCUCUCUUGUACCUGCGCGCGGGUUCAAAGACUCGGUGACCUAUCACCUUCUGAAAGACGAAGAUGAUGUUUUGCCUCCUUUUGAGAUCAAUGGAAAUAUUUUGAGUGUGAAAAAGGAUAGCAGUCUAGAUUAUGAACGUCUAACGUCUGAUAAAACUAUUCCGAUACGUGUCAGCAGUCGUGCGAAAAAGUCUGGAGUUUUUACAAAGAUUUUCUUAAUCAAGGUUUUAGAUGUCAACGAAGAACCCACAUCAAUAUGUCUCAUGUUCCCUCGUCAUAGUCAAGAUUGUUCAGUUGUUGGUGAAGUUUUUAUUGAAGAUUUGGAUUAUCCCCAACUAAAAUGUGAUUUAAACCAGACACUUGAUCUUCAGCCGUAUUCUAAUAAAUUAUCUGAAUAUACUUGUCAUAUUGAGGAGGGAAAAGGUACUUUGAGUAAUCUAAUUGAAGUGAAUGAUCAUUUUUAUGUUAAAGACAGGCCACCAAAAUUGUACGUAAAGAAAAAUAUAUUUCAUCGAGGACAUCGAUCCUACGAUGUUCCUAUUUUAUGUCGAAGUACCUUACAUCCACUUCAUAUCCUGUCAAAAAUCCUGGUCGUUGAUAUUCAAGUUCCAGAUGAUGACAACUGUCGUGACAAAGAACUAUGUACCUCCUGUCCUCAGCCAAAAUUCUGUCUAUCAAACGUCAAAGCUGGUGGAAAAUGUGUUGAUGAAGAACAUCGAAUAAAUUUAACAAUUAAUAUUCUUCCAUCGUUCUUUAAAAAACCUGGCUUCAUUAUCUCAAUUGAAAGCUAUGUUAAAAAUGUUAUCGAGGGAAAUAACAAUGGCAAGAGUCUGAAGAAUUUAGUGCAGGAAUUUGAAGGUAAAAAUAUUGUCUCAAAAAAUAUUGUGUCAAGAAAGAGACGUAGUGUAAGAAACACUUAUGUAGAGUUACUUCUUUACAUGAAUGAAGGAAGAUCUACUAAAGUCGUGCUGGCAUGCGCCGAGAAACCAAACUACAAUUUGAUCUUAGCCUCUGACGCAUGCGCUUUGUUAGAAAACACCGAUGUUCAAUGUUUGUCUGAUCCUUACUCAUCUGCUGAGAGACAAAACAAGAAAACCAAUAAAUUUCCUCAGUGGAGCAUUUACGUCUCUACUGUUGGUAUUAUUAUUGUCCUUAUUGUCAUUUUUGUGAUCAUAUGGAGAAAACAAAAAAAUGUUAAGCUACAAGAUACCCCCAUUGUUCACUUCAAUCAACACUCAGACACAGUCGUUCUUGGCUCAAUGGACGAGACACUGGUUGAUAAUAAUGGAUACGUGUGUACAUCGGUGGGAAAACGUCAAUUAGAUGUUGAGUCUGUUUUUAAUCCUGUUUACCAUCAAGGCAAUUGUCAUAUCAAAGGCAAUACUGAAAUAACUAAAGAAAUGUUAAUGAUACCUUAUCCAAUAAAUGAACCUCCACCUUCAUACGAACAAAUUGAAAACAUUUUUUAUGAAAGAGCAGAUGAGGUAAGGACAAAUGAAAAUGUUGGUCACGGAAGUAGGGAUAAUCCUCUCUAUGACUUUGGACUGCAAAGAACAUCAGAUAAUCCAUUGUAUGGUCGUAUAAAUAAACAUGCUCAUCUACCCAAUGUUGCUGAAUGAUGAUAGACUCUCUAAAUAUACAAACGACGUUUUCCUUAUGGAAUGACUUAACAAUGAUUUUAUAAUAGCUCAGAUGAUCACACAGUCCAUUAAACAAUGUAUCCUGUAUACGUUGGUCGAAGGCAAAGUUUGUUUUGGUAUUUAUUAAUAUACUUUAACUUUGUGAUGUUUAUAGUUAGAUUCAACCACAAGAGAUUACAGUAAAGAGAAUCACCAAAAUCACAAUAUUAUCAGUUAUUGUAAAUAACUUUAAAUUAAACUUUCUCACUAAACUUUUAUAACCAUGGGCA